GAUCGGAAAUAUUCGGGACAGUUCAUAGCUGUCAUGUCUAAGUUGGUCAAGAUGGUUGUCAAAUGUUGAUAAAGUGUGUAUUGAAAAAAAGAGACCCGUCUCUCUUUCCAAAAUCAGUGAUUAAAAAAAAAAGUAAACAAAACGAGGGCCUCUUCUUGGGGAGUAAAUAAUGUUCGCGAAAUAAGAGAAGCAACAAUUUAGUUACGGGUUCGUCAUCGAGUCACGGAAUGGCAGACGAGGAUGCCGAGCAGGAGAUUCGAAGUGCAUUGAACGACGUUUACGUCGUUCAAUCCAUGAUUGACAUCUCAGCCGAAAGACUCGAGGGGCUUAGAACGCAAUGUUCAACAAGCGCUGAAUUAACGCAACAAGAAAUUCGCACUCUCGAGGGGAAGCUGAUAAAAUUAUAUUCAAAACAACUUGUCACCAAGUCAAAACUGACUGAAGAAUCAUUACCUGCGGAAAUGCGACAAUAUCCAUCUCUGCCGCAAUGGUUACGAGUUGUGGGUCUCAGACCGGAAUCUAUUCAGAUGGUUUGCUCAAAAACGAAUUCUUUAGAGGCAUUAAAGGAAAAAUCGGAACACGAAUUAGGCUGUAUGUUGGGAGAAAUCAAUGUAAGGCAAGAGGAAGAGCUUCGCAGACUUUGUCGGGCGCUUCAUAAUCUUCGUCGUUACAUGGACGUUCUCUUGAAAGGAGACAUGGAGAACAGUGAAAUGAAUUUAUAUUGGGAUUCCUGGGACAGGCAUCACAUGCGAAGUGGACCUUCGCCACGUUCUCUACGACCACGCGAUCCUAGAAUUUUUACACCUUCCGAAGACAGCAUUCCCUAUAAUAUUAACAAUAAUUUUAAUAACAAUAAUCUUAAUAGUGAUGUUCUGGUUCAGGCGUCGUCGGUUAAUUCUCUAUUGUCCAAUGCUAGUCCUCCUUCGACACCUCCUCUCGUUAAUCAAGCUGGAGUGAAGUUUCCGUCAACACCACCGCCGUUGAAGAAACAUCAAACGGGACUUCAGAGUUCUUCUCAGCCGGAAGUAUUUCCAUUGACAAAGUCAAAAUCGCACGAGUCGCAAUUAACGAAUCGUAUGGAAAAUGGAGACGCGACUUCUGGGUGUCCAAAUGAGCAAAGUAGUUACGCGGGUAAAAGAACACGUUUACCAACAGAACCUGGAUCUUGUAGUGGGACGGACAUCAUGAACGAAAGUUUUGUUCCAAAUACAAGCAGUCCAAUUAAAUCUCCACCAUAUUCAAGCGCCGAUAGCGAUGAUAACAGUUUUAAGGGAACAGGGACAAGUCUUCAAGUGCCAAAGUCUCCACGAACACCGACUGUCAGUCGUGGGAUGGGUCACAUGAUUACUCAUCGCUUCACAAAAACCUUCCAAAUGAUGACAACCUGUGAUUAUUGCGAUAAGCAAAUGUUCAUGGGCCUCAAGUGCAAAGAGUGUAAAUACAAGUGUCACAGGGACUGCGCCUCGAAAGUUCCGCCCUCUUGUGGUCUACCUCAGGAAUUAAUUGACGAGUUUAAAAAGACUCUUCAAGCCGAUAGUAUGGUAAACGUAUCCCCGGUUUUAAACAAAUCGGGAAUAACAUCGCCGAAUCAUCACAAUUCUAAUCAGAACCAUAAACGCCCUCAUCCGCAUUCUUCUUUGAUUACACCUUUUCAGGGUGCAGAUUCUAGUUCAAAUACCUCGAGCUGCAAUAGCUCAACACCUUCUAGUCCAGCUUUGUUACCUGUAAACGUUAACCAAACACCUCAGGCGCCUGUUAAGCAACAAUUUCAUUUUCCAGAUGUGACGCCUUAUGAAAAGAGUUUAACUCUGGAAACGCAUAGACUUGAGGGAACGACCGUUUCGAGCGACAGUGAACGUACUAUCAGUGUUUCCGGUUCCGGAAGUGUUAGUACGGAUUCCGAUCGAACGCCGGUUAGAGUCGAUUCUCAGGAUUCUCAAGUUUCAGACGGAGAACCCGGCGAUGGACGAUGGCCCCGACAAAAUAGCUUAUCGAUGCGAGAAUGGGAUAUUCCUUAUGACGAGUUAAAAAUAGGGGAACCUAUCGGAACGGGUAGAUUCGGUACAGUUUAUAGAGGAAAUUGGCACGGAGAUGUGGCAAUUAAAGUUCUCAAUAUGGAUUACUAUCUCGACGAUGAUAAGACUCUUGAAGCUUUCAAAUUAGAGGUGGCAACUUUUCGGAAAACAAGACACGAGAAUCUAGUAUUAUUUAUGGGGGCUUGUAUGAAGCCCCCUCGCUUGGCGAUAGUCACGAGCAUGAGUAAGGGCAUGACCCUCUACACACACAUUCAUCUUCGCAAGGACAAAUUUAAUAUGAAUAAAACAACCAUAAUUGCACAACAAAUAUCCCAAGGAAUUGGAUAUCUUCACGCACGUGGAAUUGUUCACAAAGAUCUCAAGAGUAAAAAUAUCUUUCUUGAAAAUGGCAAAGUCGUUAUUGCCGAUUUUGGACUUUUUAGCGUCACGAAACUUUGCUACGGCAACAGAACUGGUAAUGGUUUAAGCAUUCCACCUGGAUGGCUGUGUUAUUUAGCUCCUGAAAUAGUUAGGCGCUUGAAACCUCAACAAAAUCGAGAUCAAGAGGAAUUACCAUUCACCGAAGCGUCCGAUGUUUACGCUUUUGGAACUGUUUGGUAUGAACUUCUUUGCGGUGAAUGGCCGUUUAAAGGCCAACCACCCGAAGCAAUUAUUUGGCAAGUCGGCAAAGGAAUGAAACAGACUCUUGCCAAUUUACAAGCAUCACGCGAUGUUAAGGAUAUUUUAAUGCUAUGUUGGUCUUUUCACACUGAGAAUCGACCGGACUUUGCAAAAUUAUUGACAACAUUGGAAAAACUUCCGCGGAAAAGACUUGCACGAAGUCCCUCACAUCCAAUUCACCUCUCACGUUCCGCUGAAUCUGUGUUCUAAUUUUUUCAACAAAAAAAAAUGAUUUUUAAAAUCACAAUUAAAAAAUGAAAAAAAAACAAGAAAUUUUGUCAAAGAGGAACGAUCUGAAGAAGAAACUAAAGAAAUAUUAAGUUUUACGCAGCUAAGUCUCUUAUUUAAAUACGACGUCUUUUUCGUAGUGUAUAUAUGUAGCAGUCUCAAAUCGAUGCCACGAUCUUUAUUCAUAAAUAAUAAAAAAAAAAACAUUAAAAUUUA